UACCGGAAGUGAUGCUUCCACACAUUUCCGCUUUCUUUCUGCCGGAGGAACAGUUGACUGCUGGGUCGGGGGGCGCGGUGGAUAUUGACCUUUGCCCCAGUCUCGUGUAGCGCGAGGGCACAGCGCACCUCCCAGCAGCCUCCUUCCUCUGACAGAACCCGUUUCCGGCCUCCGAGGCUCCAGCGAGAUGUUAUUAGUGCUGCUGCUGCUGCCCAUGUGUUGGGCCGUGGAGGUCAAGCGACCCCGGGGCGUCUCCCUCACCAACCAUCACUUUUACGAUGAGUCCAAGCCUUUCACUUGCCUGGAUGGUUCUGCCAGUGUCCCUUUUGAUCAGGUCAAUGACGAUUACUGUGACUGCAAGGAUGGCUCAGAUGAACCAGGCACAGCCGCCUGUCCCAACGGCAGCUUCCACUGCACCAACACUGGUUACAAACCCCUGUACAUCUCCUCCAGAUGGGUCAACGAUGGAGUUUGUGACUGCUGCGACGGGACAGACGAAUACAACAGCGGGAUCGUCUGCGAGAACACUUGCAAAGAGAAGGGCCGUAAGGAGAGAGAGACUCUACAGCAGAUGGCGGAGGUGACCCGCGAGGGGUUCCGCCUGAAAAAGAUCCUAAUUGAGGACUGGAAGAAGGUCCGAGAGGAGAAGCAGAAAAAGCUCAUUGAGCUGCAGGCUGGAAAGAAGUCACUGGAGGACCAGGUGGAGUUGCUGCGGACACUGAAGGAAGAAGCUGAGAAGCCAGAGAAGGAGGCCAAGGACCAGCACCGGAAGCUGUGGGAAGAGCAGCUGGCCGCCUCCAAGGCCCGGCGGGAGCAGGAGCUGGCGAUCAGUGCCUUCCAGGAGCUGGACGACGACAUGGAUGGGGCGGUCUCCAUGGCCGAGCUGCAGACCCACCCGGAGCUGGACACAGAUGGGGACGGGGCAUUAUCAGAAGGGGAAGCCCAGACCCUCCUCGGGGGAGACACGCAGACAGAUGCUGCUUCCUUCUCUGACCGCAUCUGGGCUGCCAUCCGGGACAAGUACCGGUCCGAGGUGCUGCCCACCGACCCGCCGUCGCCUUCUGCACCCGACUUGACGGAGCCCAAGGAGGAGCAGCCCCCGGUGCCCUCACAGCCCACAGAGGAGGAGGACGAGGAAGAAGAGGAGACAGAGGAGGAGGAGGAGGAGGGGGAGGAGGGGGAGGAAGAGGAUUCCCAGGUGCCAGGGGAGCAGCCCAAGGAGACCCCUCCUCCAGUCGUGCCCCCCCAGACAGCCAGCCCCACAGAGGAGGACAAAAUGCCACCCUAUGAUGAGCAGACACAGGCCUUCAUCAAUGCUGCCCAGGAGGCCCGCAACAAGUUUGAAGAGGCUGAGCGGUCCCUGAAGGACGUGGAGGAGUCCAUCAGGAACCUGGAGCAGGAGAUUUCCUUUGAUUUUGGUCCCCACGGCGAGUUUGCCUACCUGUACAGCCAGUGCUACGAGCUCACCACCAAUGAGUACGUCUACCGGCUCUGCCCCUUCAAGCUUGUCUCGCAGAAACCCAAACUCGGUGGCUCCCCCACCAGCCUCGGCACCUGGGGCUCGUGGGCCGGCCCCGACCACGACAAGUUCAGCGCCAUGAAGUAUGAGCAGGGCACGGGCUGCUGGCAGGGUCCCAACCGCUCCACCACUGUGCGCCUGCUGUGUGGGAAGGAGACAGUGGUGACGAGCACCACGGAGCCCAGCCGCUGUGAGUACCUCAUGGAGCUGAUGACACCGGCCGCCUGCCCGGAGCCGCCACCGGAACCGCCCGCGGGCGACCACGAUGAGCUCUAGCCCUGCCCUGCCCCUCCCGGCCGGGCCCAGAGGUGGGUGAGGAGGUGAGAC